UUGACGAGGCAUUCCGCUCUCCUGAAUGAAACGCGCUGAACGUGAAGUCGUGCUCCCUCCGCUGAGGUUCGGGGGUCUACGCGCAUUUGGGGGAUCACUAGAAUCUUGCAGCAGAACUUCACCGCAACAAACUGAUGGCAAAGUUGGAUUUGAAUUCGGUCGUUUUUGGAUGAAGGGAGUUACCGACACGGGAGCGUUGUAACGGAGCCGAGGACAGCAACUUAAAAAGUUUCCGAUCUUCACUGACAGAUUCAAAAGAGGACUGAAAUAAUGUGACUCCCAGGAACCCGGUGUGGAAUACAACGGACGCUCGCCUGCAACUUGAAUAUCAGUGUUUUUCGUUUUUUCAUUUUUGCACAAAGGAAAUAACCUAAAUUAAUAAAGAGAAACGUGUGGAUACUGAGCGCAGAAGGGAUAUGAAUCAAACCAAAGGAUUUAUCUUCAUGUGGUUCUCCCGUUCACUUUAGACUCACGAUUUUUGAUUCGAAUCAAAAGAGCGCAAAUUCAGAUUUUAACAUUUGAAAACUCGUUUUUCUUUUUAUUUCUUGGGUUAUUAGAUUUUCAUUCAUACAAAGCCAAAGCAAACAGAUAACUUGUAAAUCGGGUUUUACUUCAAACUCGUCAUUGCUUUUGUGCGCUCCUACAAAAGCUUUUUUAUUUCUGGAUUAUUGUGUUUUGGAUUUUGACGUCAAGAUUAUGAAGGAGCGGAUGUUUGGAUUGAAUUCUGAAUAAUUUGGAUCACGCCAGACAUUUUUUUUCAUCCGAGGGACGUUGAAUAAUGUCUCCUACUUCUAUUGGAGUAGCAUUUCUAGUAGGACUUCUCCAUGUGUGCUCAGGAUCCCGUCUGCGCCAGGAGGACUCCGCGCCCCGCAUCGUGGAGCACCCCUCAGACCUGAUCGUGUCCAAGGGGGAGCCCGCCACCCUCAACUGCAAGGCGGAGGGGCGGCCCACCCCCACGGUGGAGUGGUACAAGGACGGGGAGCGGGUGGAGACGGACCGGGACAACCCCCGCUCCCAGCGCAUGCUGCUGCCCAGCGGCUCGCUCUUCUUCCUGCGCAUCGUGCACGGCCGCCGCAGCAAGCCCGACGAGGGAUCGUACGUCUGCGUGGCGCGCAACUACCUGGGGGAGGCCGUCAGCCACAACGCCUCGCUGGAAGUAGCCAUUCUGCGAGACGACUUCCGACAGAACCCCGCCGAUGUCAUCGUGGCGGCGGGGGAGCCGGCGGUCCUGGAAUGCCAGCCCCCCCGCGGACACCCCGAGCCCAGCAUCUCCUGGAAGAAAGACGGCACCAACAUCGACGACCGGGACGAAAGGAUCACUAUACGAGGAGGAAAGCUGAUGAUCACCAACGCUAGGAAGAGCGACGCGGGGAAGUACGUCUGCGUGGGCACCAACAUGGUCGGCGAACGGGAAAGCGAGAUAGCCGAACUCACUGUGCUAGAGCGGCCCAGCUUCGUGCGGCGGCCGGGCAGCCAGGUGGUGCUGGUGGACCAGAGCGUGGAGUUCCGCUGCGAGGCCCGCGGUGACCCCGUUCCCACCGUCCGCUGGAGGAAGGAGGACGGGGACCUGCCUAAGGGGAGAUACGAGAUUCGUGAGGACCACACCCUGAAGAUCCGACGGCUGACCCCCGCCGACGUAGGCUCCUAUACCUGCGUGGCGGAGAACAUGGUGGGCAAGGCGGAGGCGUCGGCCAGCCUCACCGUCCACGUCAUAUCUGUGCCCCCGGCCUUCGUGGUGAGACCCAGGAACCAGGUGGUGGGGGUGGGCCGGACAGUCACCUUCCAGUGCGAGGCGACCGGUAACCCCCAGCCCGCCAUCUUCUGGCAGCGGGAGGGCAGCCAGAACCUGCUGUUCUCCUACCAGCCUCCCCAGCCCUCCAGCCGCGUCUCGGUGUCCCAGACCGGGGACCUGACCAUCACCGACUCGGAGCGCUCCGACGUGGGCUACUACAGCUGCCAGGCCCUCAACAUCGCGGGCAGCGUCAUCACCAAGGCCCUCCUGGAGGUCACAGACGUGGUGUCGGACCGCCCGCCGCCGGUGGUCCGCCAGGGGCCGACCAACCAGACGGUGGCGGUGGACGGCACGGUGGCGCUGAGCUGCGUGGCGUCCGGUAGCCCCGCCCCCACCAUCCUGUGGAGGAAGGACGGGGUUCUGGUCUCCACCCACGACUCCCGGGUGAAGCAGCUGGACACGGGGGCGCUGCAGAUCCGCUACGCCAAGCUUGGCGACACGGGGAUGUACACCUGCAUCGCCUCCACGCCCAGCGGGGAGGCCUCCUGGAAGGCCUACCUGGAGGUGCAAGAAUUCGGGGUCCCGGUUCAGCCCGUCAGACCCACGGACCCCAACCUGAUCCCCAGCCCCCCCUCCAGGCCCGAGGUGACGGAGGUGAGCCGCUCCUCCGUCACCCUCUCCUGGAAGCCCAACCUGAGUGGGGCCACGCCCACCUCCUACAUCAUCGAGGCCUUCAGCCACGCGUCGGGCAGCAGCUGGCAGACGCUGGUGGAGCAUGUGAAGACGGAGAGCUACCUGCUGAAGGGCCUGAAGCCCAGCGCCGUCUACCUCUUCCUGGUGCGGGCCGCCAACGCCUACGGCCUCAGUGACCCCAGCCCCAUCACCGACGCCGUCAAGACACAAGAAAUCCCCCCAACGAGCCAGGGCGUGGACCACCGUCAGAUCCAGAGGGAGCUGGGCGAGGUGGUCAUCCACCUCCACAACCCCACCAUCCUGUCCUCGUCCUCGGUCAGAGUCCAGUGGACCGUGGAGCUGCAGUCCCAGUACAUCCAGGGCUACAAGGUGAUGUACCGGCCGGCCCCGGAGGGCGCUCAGAGGAGCGAGUGGGCCGUGUUCGAGGUCCGCACCCCCGGGGAGGAGAGCGCCGUGGUGCCCCAGCUCAGGAAGGGCGUCACCUACGAGUUCAAGGUGCGGCCGUUCUUCAACGAGUUCCAGGGAACGGACAGCGACGUCAAGAUCGGCAAGACGCUGGAGGAAGUUCCCAGUGCGCCGCCGCGCGAGGUCAAAGUGACGGAGAGCGCGGACAAUGGGACGGCCGUCCUGGUCUCCUGGCAACCCCCGCCCGAGGACGAGCAGAACGGCUUGGUUCAGGAGUACAAGAUCUGGUGUCUGGGGAACGAGAGCCGCUACCACAUCAACCGCACGGUGGACGGCUCCUCCUUCUCCGUCCUCAUCCCCAUCCCCAGCCUGACCCCGGGGAUUCGUUACAGCGUGGAGGUCGCAGCCAGUACUGGCGCCGGCCCGGGAGUCAAGAGCGACGUCACCUAUUUCCAGCUGGACGCUUCGGGCCGCAUGACAGAGUCGCCGUCGGACCCCCAGAACCCCCUGUCGCAGCAGAUCUCGGACGUGGUGAAGCAGCCGGCGUUCAUCGCGGGCAUCGGCGCGGCGUGCUGGAUCAUCCUCAUGGUGUUCAGCAUCUGGCUGUACCGCCACCGCAAGAAGAGGAGCGGUCUCUCCACAAGCUACGCCGGCAUACGCAAAGUUCCAUCCUUUACCUUCACACCUACAGUGGCUUAUCAAAGAGGCGGCGAGGCCGUCAGCAGCGCCGGAAGGCCCGGUCUGCUGAACAUCGGGGAGUCGGCGACCCAACCCUGGCUGGCAGACACCUGGCCCAACUCCUGCUCCAACCACAACGACUGCAGCAUCAACUGCUGCACGGCCGGCAACGGCAACAGCGACAGUAACCUGGCGACGUACAGCCGACCAGCCGACUGCAUCGCCAACUAUAACAAUCAGAUGGAAAACAAGCAGACCAACCUGCUGGUGCCGGAGUCGGGCGUGUACGGCGACGUGGACCUCUCCAACAAGAUCAACGAGAUGAAGACCUUCAACAGCCCCAACCUGAAGGACGGCCGCUUCCUGGGCCCGGGGGGCCAGCCCACGCCCUACGCCACCACGCAGCUCAUCCAGUCCGCCAUCAUGGGCAACGGCGAGCGCGGGCCCCCCGGGGGUGGAGGAGGAGGGGGAGGAGGAAUGGGGGGCGGAGGGGAGAUGAACGAGAAGCACGGCUGGAAGCCCGGCCAGGUGUCCCAGCAGCAGCACAAGCAGCCGGACCUGGCGUCCCAGCUGCAGUACAGCAUCAUGGAGCAGAACAAGCUCAACAAGGACCGCUACAGAGGGGGGGACAGCCCCAUGCCGGCCACCAUACCCUACAACCAGGCCCACGAGAGCCUCACCGGGGGCUCCUACAACAGCUCUGACCGGGGCAGCAGCAGCACCUCAGGGAGCCAGGGUCAGAAGAAGGGAGGCCGCACCCCCAAACUCCCCAAACAGAGCACAAUGAACUGGGCUGACAUGCUGCCCCCUCCCCCAGCCAACCCACCCCCCUGCCGCAGCACAGAGGAGUACUCCCUCUCCAUGGAGGACAGCUACGACCCCCACAUGCAGUGCCCCAUGCCCCCGUCCCGCAUGUACCUGCAGCCCGACGAGCUGGAGGAGGAGGAGGAGGAGGAGAUGGAGGAGAUGGAGCGCGGGCCCACCCCGCCCGUGCGGGGGGCCGCGUCCUCGCCCGCCGCCGUGUCCUACAGCCACCAGUCCACCGCCACGCUCACCCCCUCCCCCCAGGAGGAGAUGCAGCCCAUGCUGCACGACCUCGCCGACCUCCACGACCGCAGACGCCACGCUGUGAGCCCCCUGCCCCGGCCCCUGUCUCCGUCCCACACCUACAGCUACAUCACCAGCCCUCUGGGCCCCCACCCAGACGGCGUGGAGGAGGAGGAUGAGGAGGAUGAGAUGCUGGAGGAAGAGGACGACGAGGAGAUGAUGGACGGGGAGGAGGAGGAGGAGGACACGGACGCCGAGAUGGCCAAGGGGGGGCACCACCUCCCCCAUCAGCACCUCCACCAACAGCAGCAGCAGCAGCAGCAGCACCUCCACCACACCCACCCGCACCCCCACGGGCACCGCGGCCACCGGCCCCAGAGGAGGCUCCUGCUGCGGGGCCUCGAGCAGCAGCAGACGCCGGCCUCCAGCGUGGGCGACCUGGAGAGCUCCGUCACGGGCUCCAUGAUCAACGGCUGGGGCUCGGCGUCCGAAGAGGACAACGUCUCGUCGGGUCGCUCCAGCGCCGUCAGCUCCUCGGACGGAUCCUUCUUCACCGACGCAGACUUCGCCCAGGCCGUGGCGGCGGCGGCCGAGUACGGCGGCGGCGGCAAGGCCCCCAAGUACCCCAACGCACACGGACAGGAGCUGGCCGUAGGGGCCUCCGCGAGAAAAUACCAAAUGGCGUCGCUGGGCCACCGUCCGGGAAGCCCAGUGUCUACCGACAGCAACAUGAGCACAGCCGUGGUGCAAAGACGGCCCAAGAAACAGAAGCAGCCACAGCAGCAGCAGCAGCAGCAGCAGCAGCAGCAGCAGCAGCAGCAGCAGCCGCAACAACACCAAUCGGCCCACCCAGGCAUCCAGCGGCGUGAGGUCUAUAAUGAAGACCUGCCCCCACCCCCGAUCCCACCCCCAGCAGUCCUCAAGUCCCCCACACACCCCUCCAAAGCGGCCAUGGAGGGCCGGGGGGUGAUGCCCCCCAAGUCGGGCGACGGCCGAGACAACAAGAGAGGGGGCCCCACGGGCUACCGCCCCCCCAGGGACCAGGACCCCAGGACCAGCUCCUCGGAACGCCGCGAGGCCCAGGAAAGGCAGAAAACCGGCGGGAAGGGCCACAAACACGAGAGCAGCAAGACGCGCCAGUACCCCGGUUCAGAGGACAUCCUGCCCUACAGCCGACCCCAGUUCCCCACCACAGUGAACAGCCCACGGGACCCCAGCUCCUCCAGCUCCAUGUCCUCCCGGGGCUCCGGGGGCCGGCGGAGAGGAGAGGCAGGGCCGGUGGGCCGUAGGAACCCCGCAGAUAUGGCCCUCAGCACCGCAGGGGCCUUCCAGCCAGGAGAGGACGGCCUGGAGAUGGUGGAGAGCUGAAGAAUGGACCGGAAGAUCAAAUCCUGAUUUUUUUCUUUUUAAGAGAGGAGCGCUAGUUUUUGUUUUUUUUCUCAGUUUGACAAUUUUAAAUAUCUCCAGUAUUUCAUAAAUAUUUGUUUUUGCCCGAAACCAUUCUGUACAACGAUAGUGUUUCUUAACAUCGGUGGUGGUUGGGAAGAGGGAGGGAGGAGGGACUGAGAAGAAAAAAAAGUUGUUUUCUAACUUUCGGUGUCCAUUUUGAGAAAACAGAAAAGAGAAGCGGGAAAAGAGAAUUGUCUGAGGAGGAGCGAAAGGAGCACUCAAAGCAAAAUACGCAGUAGGAUAUUUAUGUUUUAUUCCGAUGCAAUAUGGAGUGAUAUUGUGCGCCUUUGACCAGAACUUUGCAGAACCCAUACAGUCAGACGUUACUGUAAUUUUAUAGCUGCGAUCCGAGAGGGGUGGACCGUCUUGUAAAUAUACAUGUAUACAUGAUGUCCCUGUUUGUUCCCAAUGUGGUACCAGAAAAAUUUGUCUUCCUUGUUUUAUUUUGUGGAUUAUAAUUUUAUUAUGCCAGUAAAUAUAAUUAUUUUAUCGUUUCCAUCCAUGUUGUAAAUUGUUUUAUUAUUUAGCUGCCCCCCCCCCCCCCCCCCAAGAAAGUACCACUUUGGGAUUUUUGUUGUUUUAAUUUUUUGUUUGUUUCGUUUGUUUUGUAAUGCACUGUUUGUUCCGUGUCGUCGUCAGUGUUUCGUUUUUUCGUUUUUUACUUUGGUUUUAAAAGCACAAUCACUAAACUUUAUUUUAAACCAUUCUAUCUAUUAACCUUUUUGUCUUACUGGAGGAAAACAGGUACGACAAAAGAGUCUAGUUAAUCUCGAUGGUGAUGAUGAUAAUGAUGAUGAUGGUGGUGAUGAUGAUGAUGAUUACGACGACAUAGGUCAGGUAAUAGUGUUUUUUACUUUGGCUGUUUUAGAAGGGAGACUCCUUGUAUCGCAAAUCGGUUCCCUCUCCAGGUCUGCCGCCAGCUCGCUAAGUGAUGGGAGAGACAUGUAAUGUGAUUCAUAGCUGCAAUGUAAAUAUAUCUCUUUUCGCAUUGACCGUAAUUCCAGCUAUUGCACAUUAAUCCAAAUGGUUAUGUUGUCUACUAAUGCACUUAAAAAAUUGCCACAUACCGGUGAAAAAAAAAACAAAUAUUGAAUGGAGUCACUUUGGGAAUCUGGAGAGGUUAUGAUUGGACAAGGAGGGUCUCUUUUCUGGGGAAGAGGACGGCGGUGGAACAUCGUUCUGCCGGGAGGAAGGGUGCUGUUGUUUAUUCAUAGGACAUCUGCAAACAUUUGUUUCGUAAAGGAAAAAAAGCAAAAUGAAUUUAAAAAAAAAGAUGAAUAAAAAAGU